GCCCGUCGACGUCGGCGGCAUCUCGUACUUGAUGGCGGCUGUGUUCAUCAUAGGCGAGAUCGCCGGCAGCGGGAUGCUGGCGCUGCCCUUCUCGGUGACGCAAACGGGAUGGGUAGGCGUGCUGGUGGUGCUGCUAGUCGGCUUCGGCUCGGCCUACUGCGGCAUGUGCUUGUCCCGGUCCUGGCUUAUUAUCGAGAGCCGCUACCCGGAGCUCAAGAGUCACUCCCAAAAGCCUUUCCCCGACAUCGCCGAGAAGGCGUUCGGGUCAUGCGGCCGGGUACUUGCUGCGGUCUGCAUGUGUGUGAACACGUUCGGGACGUGCACCGUAUACGUGCUGAUCGUGGCCCAGAUUCUGGAGAACCUGUUGUCGGUCUAUGUGGAGAUGCGUUACUGCUUCUGGGUGUUAGUCAUCGCCUGUCUACUCAUCCCAGUGUCCUGGCUUGGAACGCCCAAGGAUUUGUGGUGGGUCGGCAUCCUAGCGCUGGCCACCACCUCGCUGGCCUGGUUCUUUUCCAUGGUCCAGCUUUCCGUCUACUUUGACACCCUGCACAAGAAGGCCACCUUCCACCAGCCCGACUUCCUGACCUUCUUCCUGGGCAUCGGACCGAUCCUCUUCGCCUAUGGCGGCACCGCCACACUACCCACGAUCCAAAACGAUAUGAAGAGCCGAGAACUAUUCACGCGCUCCGUCAUCGUCGGAUACGCAGGUCUGAUAACGCUGUACGUUCUCAUCGCUGCGCUGGGCUACGCUGCCGCGGGUGACAGCGUAUCCUCCAACAUCCUGGACACGCUGAAGACGAGGACGCCCGGCAUGUUGCCGGUGGUGGCGGAAAUUCUCUUCCUGGUCCAUUUGUUGACGGCAUUCUUCGUCGUCAUCAACCCGUUCUUCCAACAAAUGGAGUCGGUGUUCCACGUGGCCGACAAGUUUGACCUGAGGCGGGUGCUGUUCCGCACGGCUCUGAUGGGACUGCUGGUGCUGGUGGGUGAGACCGUUCCCGACUUCGUGGACCUGCUGGGUCUGAUCGGCUCGUCCUGCGUGGCGAUUACGGGAUUCAUCCUGCCGUGCGCCAUGUACCUACGCCUGGUCGGCCAGACGGACCCCGCCGGCCGCUGGAGCGCAGAGGCGUUACCGGUUUGGGAGCGAGCCAUUCUGGUGACGCUCAUCGUCCUGGGGGUGGUGGUCGGGGCUACGUCAACAGUGAUGGCGAUGACCAACAUCAUCAAGCACGGCCUGGCCUCCUCCUGCCUGAUUUCCACCUGACGACUGCUUCCGUGGGCUUCACGCUACGACUCCCGUCCUCGAACGACAGCGCCGCCAUCCAACACCGUAGUGCGUCCGAGGCGACACCUCACGGCGUGGCAGAGAACUAUGCUGGCCGCCCAUGUCGGGCACGCGUGCAAACCGCACGCUUUGCCGCUAAAAGGCGCGCAAUGGUAGACGUCACUACACCAAUUUUUCAAUCAAAUCUUAUGAGCAUAUCAUCGCUCCAACACGGCACUGAUUGGCAUGCCAUAAUGUCAGAGCGGAAAUCAACACACGUCGCCGAGUGUCUACAACCUUCUCGCGGGUCAAAGCAUUUUUGUAUGCCUAAAUAUAUGCACUGCGUGACU